AUGAUUGGGAGGAGCGCGAGCAUGGAGGAGGGGCGAGCACGGCUGCUGGCAGCUGAUGCAGCACUCACGGAUGCCAUUCUCACGGGCGUGAUCAUGCCCACACCCACCUCCUCUUCCCUGGGCUUCCCCCAGUGCGCGCAGCAUGGCAGCACCGCGACUGCCCAUAAUGGCGGUGGUGGUGGCAUGGUGGGCAGCAGCGUGGAUUGCACUCACAGCAUCAGUGUAGUGUGGCGAUCGGGCGGCGCAGCCUUGACAGCAGCAGCAGCAGCGUGUGCUGCAGAGACAGGGCAGCGUGGCACUCAAUCGACAAGUUCUACUCUCCUUGCUCCUCUUCUACUCUCCUUGCUCCUCUUCUACUCUCCUUGCUCCUCUUCUACUCUCCUUGCUCCUCUUCUACUCUCCUUGCUCCUCUUCUACUCUCCUUGCUCCUCUUCUACUCUCCUUGCUCCUCUUCUACUCUCCUUGCUCCUCUUCUACUCUCCUUGCUCCUCUUCUACUCUCCUUGCUCCUCUUCUACUCUCCUUGCUCCUCUUCUACUCUCCUUGCUCCUCUUCUACUCUCCUUGCUCCUCUUCUACUCUCCUUGCUCCUAUUCUACUGUCGUUUCUCCUCUUCUACUCUCCUUGCUCCUCUUCUACUCUCAUUGCUCCUCUUCUACUCUCAUUGCUCCACUUCUACUCUCCUUGCUCCUCUUCUACUCUCAUUGCUCCUCUUCUACUCUCAUUGCUCCUCUUCUACUCUCAUUGCUCCUCUUCUACUCUCAUUGCUCCUCUUCUACUCUCCUUACUCCUCUUCUAAUCUCCUUGCUCCUCCAGGGCUUUCUCUUGUGUGUGAGAGCCGCAUACCAGCAGUAGCAGACCGCGUGGUGCUGCGCAAGCUGGCCCAGGACAUCCACAAUGCCCAUUUUUUAUCUGCACCCAUCUCCCCACCACCCUCCCUCACCCCUCUUCCCCAACCCUCUUCCCCACCCCUCUCCCUCACCCCUCUCCCCCAACCCUCUCCCCCACACCUCUCCCCCAUCUCUCUCCCCCACCCGCUUGCCCCAACGGCCUCUACCCACCCGUCUCCCCUCCCUGCUUUCCCGCACCUCUCCCCCACUCUCCGCACGCCCCACCCUUACCCCUCUCUGCCACGCCUCUCUCCCAACACUUCCCUAAACCUCUUUCCCAAGCCUCUCCCCCAAACCUCUCGCCCAACCCGCUCCCCAACCCCUUUUCCCCCACGCCUCCCGCCUGUGCCUCCCCUCCACGCCUCCUUCCAACACCUCCCCCUCUCACGCCUUGGCCACACGCCUCUCCCCCACCGUCUUCCUCCCCCAUGCCCUGAUCCUGCCGGGAGGAGUCAGCUGGCGAGGAGGCAGUGGGAUCCAGUGGCUAGCGCAAGUCAAUGGGGGGAGUGGGGUGAAGACAAGGCAGUGCCGGGCCUAUUCAGCAGGCGCAAGGCCAAGAUGACCACUAUUAUCACGUCUCCCUCUGGGCACUUGGCAUUUUCUCUGGCAGGCAGUGUGCUCCGCCUCCUCUGA